AGAACAAAGUAUAUAUGCUCAACACUCCACGACAUAGCCCUUGCGAUAAUUCGGUUGUACUACGAGGCAUGGAGGCUUUCUAAACCCUAGCAAAAAUUAUUGCUGUGUCAUUGGACAACGCUAUUAGAUGGCCAGUGUCAUGUUCUUACAUGGCUCCAACGCCACCGCGAACCUGAUGCUUCUACCAGUUUUGAAUUAGAUCAUUUGCAAGAUGUCGAUGUUCAUGUCAGCUGCGGAGAUCUCUUCCGACUCCGAGUCUAGCGAUUCUAGCUCUGAUAAAACCGAACAAGAAACGAUCGCUCCAUCAAGCAGAUCUACCGCCAAGGAGCCUAAGCCUACCCGAACGGGAACAAAGUCCCCUUCCCUCUUGGAAGGAUUCGGCUUUGAAACACCGACCACUAAUGCAAGCAAAAACAAUGAGCUUGGUGCUGACAUUGAAGGUCAUUCUAACAUGAUGACGGCUGCUCUCCUCGAAUUCUACUGCCUUAGCCGGGCUGCCGAUCUUCUUAACGCACAAAAAGGUUCACAGAAGCAGUACACACGUGACUCGCCCGAAGUUCAGUACCUUGGGAAAAAGAUGUAUAAUUAUAAGUCACAGUUUCUAUCCUCGCAUGGUGUCAUUGCCGGAGGAAUUGACGAUGACGAUUUGCAGAUAACAAGACAGUAUUACCGGGACAACCUUGAUGUUCUUGGUAUGUCGGCACUAGAGGACCUCAAUAUAGACGAUACGCAGCGACGAGUGCUAUCACGCAGAACAACCGGAGACAUUGUUUUAGCUUCGAAGACCAAUGCUGUGCAGCCUAAUUCGGAUCAGGGGUAUGCAGGACCUUCGAACCGGAGGCUGUACAGACCUGGUCUUGCAGACAUCGGGAAAAGACUUCCCAGCACAGAGAAUAUCAAGGCAUUGGAAAGUGUUCAUCUUGACGUAGGGAGCCUACCCAGGCAACCAUUGCCCCUUACAGGGAGCUCACCUGCAAGUUUUCCAUUAUUUGAUAUCAAUCUACCGACGCCCCAUAAUCGCAUGUCACGUUAUGCGAUGGAGUUCUCUGAAGUAAGAGUCCUCGGUCGCGGGUCCUUUGGAGAGGUGUAUCAUGUCAAAAAUCAUAUCGACGGGCAGGCGUAUGCAGUGAAGAAGAUCCCUAUCAGCCAAAGGCGGCUCGAGCAGCUACAAGAUGGUAGCGAGAAUCAGCUUGAAACCAUCAUGAAGGAGAUACGAACACUUGCUCGACUUGAGCACACCAACGUUGUCCGUUACUACGGAGCUUGGGUGGAACAAGCGCAUGUAUCUGGUUAUGUACGACCCAACCACCAAGAAUCUGUUGGCCUCGAAAGUGUGGACACCCAAAGCGCUCUGGCCGGUCCGGAACCAAGCGACAGCCAGAGCUUCGGAAUCGUAUUUGAACACUCUAACGUUUCAGCCCAAACUAUUGACGACGAAGAGGAUACCGAAUCAAUUCCUCGCGACUUUGACAAUUAUACCAAUAGCCAGGUAUCUACGUUUGGCGGGACCGAUGAUGAUAUUUUCACGGAUGGGUUAAGUUACGAUCCAUCUAAGCUGCAGAUACAGCGGCGACAUCGAGGCGGGCCUCAAGUUCCUGCAGUGAUUUUGCAUAUUCAAAUGUCACUGCAUCCCAUUUCACUUAACUCAUACUUGAACCCGCAAUCUUGCGAGGUUAAUGAUAGCCAGAUACCGCGGCGACAUUGUUAUCACUUGGUACCAUCUCUGAAACUCAUGCUACGUAUCAUAUCAGGUGUCGAAUAUCUUCACUCUAAAGGCAUAGUUCAUCGUGACCUCAAGCCUGCCAACAUCUUUCUCUCGUGCCCUGAAUAUAAGGACUCGGAGGGGUGUCCUCCUUGCCAAUUAGAUACUGGGUGUGCGUCCUGGUACUCUCACCCUCGAAUAGGCGAUUUCGGGCUAGUUGCCGAUAUCUCACACUUCAACGAGCAUCACUUAAAUAGCCCCAGCACGUCCUUACAGCAUGGCGUGAAGAUGAACCGUGUUGUCGGAACGGAAUUCUAUCGUCCACCUUUGAUCAAUGACGCGGUUGAAAAUUCGGAGAACAUUGGGGACUCUUACAAAAUCGACGAGUCUCUAGAUGUCUUUGCACUCGGGGUGAUCUUUUUCGAACUUUUGUAUCGCUUGGACACUAAGAUGGAACGCCAAUUCGUUCUCGGGGAACUGACACGCUGUCAACAUGAUCAGUCGACAGGAUCCGGCUUGGGGCGUCCGUCUUUUCCUUGCGACUUUGCACAGAAAAUUCAUAUGGGAAACGAAAUGCUAGAUGAGAAAGUAUCUAUCUCAGAGGCAAUAAUGGCCUGCUUAAGUGGCAUGCUGGAACCACUUACUCAGAAGCGUUGGCGCUGUUCAGAUGUCAAGAAGCAUUUGCAAACUAUUCUAGCUGUUGCUCAGACGGCAUCCACCUCUUAGUUGGGCGAGUUUUACAAACUAUAGAUAUGCGACGGAAACAUUUGUUCUUCUGCUGCAUUUUUUCUGUACAUGUGCUGAAUUGUCUGAGUUAUACCCGGGAGUUCAAACCCACCAGAGCGGUACUAUGAGGUACAUAAUAUUUACAAUCUAGAUCACUUCUCUCACUCUUGAAUAUUUUAUUCCUCCAGUCUUUCUGCUCCU